GUGGGUUCAAAAUGAGUGGCGAAGGCGACUGUCGGUUUCUAGGAAACAGCGACUCUUUUGAUGUUUAUGUCGACCAAAUCAGAUUCGCUCUUGACAGCUGUGUACUUAUGAAGGUCUCUCUGAAGUUCAUCUACACAGGACUGUCUCCUUCCGAGGAGUCUCUUCCGGAAUGGGUGGUGGUACCCCUGGCAUCCUCAUUCAGCAGAAGCCUCACAAUGCAACCCAACAAGUUGCAUGCUAACUCGAAGGGUCUCACACUCAAUCCUGGCACCAGCCUCAUUUUCAGGGUCAGUGGAAUUGCCCGCAACGACGCCUCUCUCUCGGUGGCGGGUAUGGGGGCAAUGGCUCUGUUUGAAAACUGGGGAGAGGGGGAGGAAUGCAAGAGUUUUCUGCGGGUGGGGGGUCACCAGUUGCGGGUGUUCCAGGGGGAGCCGGAGAAGAAAGGACCCCCUGGCGAGGACAGUUUCCCCGUGACUACGGCAGUGCCAUGUCUCACUCUCACUUUGAGAGUAGAACCCCACAGCGAGGAAGACGUGGCUGCCCCCCUCUAUUCGUCCGGCUACUAUUCCAGAGGAAACUUCUUCCCCACCCCGAGAGAACUGGACAUUCUGGCCCACUACAGGACUCAAUCCAACUCCCCCUCCCCAGUGAUCUCACCCAGAUUGAGGGGGGAGUGUCUCUACAUCCAGAGUGUUGACUUUGCAAAGAAUGAACCGGAAAAACUGCAAGAUGCAUCAUUGCUAGGAGAAGAAGAUAUCAGUGUCUCCAGUUCCGAUGAGGAUGUUCAGAAGUGGAUCGAGUGGCGACUGAACAAAGAGCACCCCCUCAAUUUGGACAGGGAGUUGAGUGCAAUCAACAUGCAGAGAGUGGUCGGAUACAGUAGCGAGAAGGGGGUGGGCAUCCGGCUCAGUAGACUGUUCAAUGCACAAGCAAAAGAGAGCUUUGUGAACAUAGCAGCCGUACUGUUGUCCCCUGAGCAAGCGCUGUCUCUUAUGGUGAUUACAAACAGCAGACACAACCUGGAUUCUCCCAUUGACUUCCAGCAGUGGCUGUGUCAAGAUGACGAAUGUAUCGUCCAGCCCAAUCUCGGCAAAAAUGUCAAAAUGGCUCUCAUGGUCCACGCUUUAGACUGGGAGUACACUCCCCCUUCUGACUUCAACCAACUGGGACGACUGUCGGAGAAAAACAGCCCGCAACCCGUCGCACUCAGGCCCGACCACCUCCUCGGGUGGUCUGUCGUUGACCUCAUAGGCGCUGAUUCGUGCGUCAACUCAGGAGCUCAUUUCCUUCCUCUUUUUGCGGGAGAUCCGCCUUUGAAGAACAAAAGUUUGAGGUCUGUUCCCUCUGUGGAUUGGCUGAAGGCUAACUUAGAAAGGGAAAAAGUGUCUUUUUUGGAGUCAAAGACGACAAUAAAAGUUGAGAUUUGCAAUGGAGUCGAACCUGGUCUCUUUGGUGGGUUGAUUGUGGACAAGUCUACUCUUCAGGUGGGCGGUAAAGAUACUGCCCAGCUGUUUGAGAUGGGUGUAAAAGCUGCCGAGCAGUCGGGGGGACAGGGGGCCACUCUGGGGGGCAAAGUGGUCUCCUAUCUUCCAAAGGGGGAGGCGAAGAAAGGCAAAAAGAGCAAACUGUAUUUUCAGGCAGCUGAUGUUUACGAGAGGACAAUGAAUGGCAAAUAUCAAGAAGAACUGAAAACUGCUCUGAGAUGUGAAAAUAUUCAUGUCAUUUGAGGAAAGCAAAAGAGACUGAAAUGAGUUCAUCUGAAACAAAGCUGAUAGUUUCUAACAUUUUAACAUGAUUCAGCCAAUAUAAUAGUAAAAUAAGUGGAAUUCGUUGGCCGUGUUUCAAUUUGCUGCAAGAUUAAUCAUAUCAAUAAAUUUCAUGUAAAAAAAAACAGUUGCUUUUAUAAUCUUGGGUUCUGCUACAAACCGGGGUCGAAGUACUCGAUUUAUGUAUCAAAUUUUUAAGUCGAGAAGCAGCAGUUUUGCGAUUGCAUAUGACGCGGAAAAAAAACAUUCGAA